AUGGCCUCAUCAGCCGUUGACCUUGAGGCCAACCGCCUCGUGCGGUCUCCUCUCGCCACCAUCCCCGAGAAGGGGACUUCCAGCCGCGAAAAGGCUUCUUCCGAGACCGUCUCUCUCCAUAGCAUCGGGAAUGGCACGACCGAUAACACGCGCCGCAGGCUCAAGGCCCGGCACAUUCAGCUCAUCGGCAUCGGCGGCACAAUCGGCACGGCGCUCUUCGUCAACAUAGGCAAAGGCGUUCUGAACGGCGGUCCGGCUAGCUUAUUCCUUGCCUUCACGCUGUGGUGUACCUUCAUCUUGGGCAUGACGCUGUCCCUGGCCGAGAUGGUGACAUACCUACCCAUCUCGUCGCCCUUCAUCCGGUUUGCAGGCCGCUAUGUCGACGAGGCGUUCGGCUUCGCUGCCGGCUGGAACUUCUUCAUCUAUGAGGCGGCCAUGGUGCCGUUUGAGAUUACGGCCUGUAAUGUGGUUAUUCACUACUGGAGUGAUAUUGUGCCCGCCGGGGGGAUUAUUGCGAUUACCAUCGUGAUUUAUGGCACGAUCAACCUCCUCGCGGUCAAAUACUACGGCGAAACAGAGUUCUGGGCCUCCCUUGGCAAGUUCCUCCUCAUCACUGGCCUACUCAUCUUCACCUUCAUCGUCAUGCUCGGCGGCAACCCAAUGCACGACCGCAUCGGCUUCCGCUACUGGAAAGAUCCCGGCGCCUUCACCGAGCUUUACUCUUCCGGCUCCCUAGGCCGCUUUCUCGGCUUCCUGCAAUGCCUCAUCCAAGCCUCCUUCACCAUCUCCGGCGCAGACUACGUCGCCAUGGCGGCCGGCGAGGCCGAGAAUCCGCGCAAAGUGAUGCCACGCGCCUUCAACGCCGUCUACUCCCGCCUGACUGUCUUCUUCAUCCUGGGCUCGCUCGCCGUGGGCAUCCUGGUCCCGUACAACGACGAGGACCUGAAGACCGCGUACAGCACGGGUGCCCCGGGCGCGGCUGCCAGCCCGUACGUGAUAGCCAUGAACCGGCUGCGGAUCCGCAUCUUGCCCGACAUUGUCAACGCCAUGGUUCUCACAGCGGCCUUCUCCGCGGGCAACAGCUACGUCUAUUGCGCCUCGCGGUCGCUGUACGGCCUGGCGCUGGAGGGGAAGGCGCCGAAGAUUUUUGCCCGUUGUACAAAGCGUGGUGUGCCCGUGUAUGCGGUGCUGCUGGUGCUCGCGCUGUCGUUGUUGAGUUUUCUCCAGGUGUCGAACAGUGCGGCUGUGGUGCUGCAAUGGUUUAUUAAUUUGGUAACGGCCAGUCAGUUGAUCAACUUUAGUGUGAUUACGGUGUCGUAUUUGAGGUUUUAUGCCGCGUGUAAGGCACAGGGGCUGGAUAGGAAGACGCUGCCGUAUCGUGGGUUUGGGCAGCCGUUUAUGGCGUGGUAUGCGUUGGCUGGCACAUUUGUCAUGACGUUUGUGGGAGGGUAUACCGUCUUCUUGCCCGGGAAUUGGGAUGUGCCUACGUUUUUGUUCUCCUACACCAUGAUCGGCGUCUUCCCCUUUCUCUAUAUCGGCUGGAAGAUACUCAAGAAGACCAAGAUACACAAGGCAUCUGAGAUUGACUUGGUCAAGAAUUUGGACGAGAUUGCCGAGUACGAGCGCAACUAUGUGCCGACACCGCCAUCGAACCUCUUUGAAAAGGUUUUGGAGAAGCUCUUUGGAUAG